AUGUCUAUGCUGGAGGCUCUUCCGCACGAGGUGAUCGAACAGAUCUUUCUGUUCUCACUCGAACUGAACUUCCCGCGCGCAUCGCCGUUCCUAUCCAAGGCUCUAUCCCGCGAGAAUGUCUACCGUGUGCUUAUCCUCCUCGCUUUCUGGGUCGACCCACGGACCUACUCCGGGAGUAAGGCCAUCGAUCGCAUGAUGGCUCCGUUCGACUAUACCCCACUUGAAGAAGAUGAGCGCAAGACUUUACAAGAAGCUGUGAUCAAGUGCAAAUGGUGUACAGCCAAUCGCCUGCUCCAGAGAAUCCCAGAUAUGCAGAUCCUUACUGUUCACCGGUAUUGGAUCAAUGCUGGCAUUGUGGUAGAUGAGCAACAACAGGACGCUUUCAAGAGAUUCAUGGGCCGCAAGGAUGUUGAGAGCCAACACAAUUUUCAAGGAGUGGGCGAUCCGCAAUACAAAGCUGUUGGCCCCCUCAAAGAGCGACUCCAACAGAUUUACUCACGAUUCGGUCCCUCAGGCCACAAAGGACCCUACAAUUUCGACCUCGACAUUAAACCCAUGGUGUCCCUUGAUAUCAAAAUCCGUGAACUUAAUAUGUUAAUGACCUUGCCGGCUCUGGGUCUCUGCACCUUUCCUUCCCAUCUCCUCCGCGGCCGUAGCAAUGGCUUUACCCAAGAAGACGUCCAAUUUCUGGAAGUGCUGCGCUUGACGUCCAACAACUGGACUGAAGCAAAGCCUCGCAAGCGGCCAUCGACGACCACAAAAGUUGAUCGCAAGGCUCUGCAUGAAGGACUCGAUAAUGCAAUUCGCCAUUACAAUUACGAAGCGCUCCUCUCGCUUCUCAAGAUUGAUGAGUUUGUCUUCCGUCAUCAAGAGGACGCUUCCGAAGAUCUGCCGACCCGGUACAUGAUCCCUUCUCACCUGUUUGUCGCGGCUGCCAAGCUCGCUCCUCGAGAAGGAACCCCUACUUGGCGCUUCUUCGAGGCUCUCAUCCGUGCUAGCGCGGAGUCCAUCCCGCGCAACUCCCCGGAGAUCACUCAGUGGGUUGUCGAUACAAAAGCUCGUGGUCACAAGGGCCAGAAUCGAUUUGACAUAAGUGGCAAUUUUGCUGAAUGGGUGUCAGACUUCCAGAUUCAUUUGCCCAAGCACCUAAGAGAGCUCCAUGGCCCCAGCAUGCAACUUUUCAAUGGUGGUCAACUGAAUUGGAUGUUAGUUGAGGGUGGUCAGUUGCUCAUUGCACUGAAUAUCGAUCUUAGAGGCACCAGUGAGGAUUCGUACUUGCGACCUUGGUAUUCUGCAAGUAUGAGCAGCUUGGAGAAUUACUGGGUGACCAAGUCCCCUACUUCGAAGGAAUAG